AUGUCACUGGUUUCCGGUCCUGGACGGGCUGGCGCCUCGGCACAGGAUCUUCCCACUGACCUGGCGACUAAUGCACAUGUGAAAUAUAUCCAGAGCUUGAACACCCGUCAAGAUGAAUUGGAAUACUGGCUGACUGAACAUCUCCGUCUCAAUGGAGUCUACUGGGGUCUGACUGCCCUUCAUCUGUUGGGUAGCCCGGACGCUCUGCCGCGUGAUGCGACCAUCGAUUUUGUCCUGUCGUGUCAAUAUGAAAGUGGUGGUUUUGGCGCUGCCCCGGGGCAUGACGCUCAUAUGCUUUACACCGUUAGCGCUGUGCAGGUCCUAGCCACUGUCGACGCUCUCGGUGAGUUGGACAAGCGAGGCAAAGCAGGAAAAGAAAAGGUUGGAAAAUUCAUCGCGACCCUUCAACACCCCACCACGGGCUCGUUCGCUGGUGAUGAAUGGGGGGAAUACGAUACUCGCUUUCUAUACGGUGCUCUGAAUGCUCUCUCCCUUUUGGGGCUACUACACUUUGCCGACGUGCCCAAUGCAGUUGCUCAUGUCCAAGCAUGUGCGAAUUUCGACGGGGGCUAUGGAAUUAGUCCAGGGGCAGAGUCCCAUGCUGGCCAGAUCUUUACUUGCGUAGGUGCACUGGCGAUUGCGGGACGCCUAGACCUGGUCGACAAAGAUCAUCUGGGCAUGUGGCUGAGUGAGCGGCAGCUGCCCAACGGAGGUCUUAAUGGAAGGCCUGAGAAGCUUGAAGAUGUGUGUUACAGCUGGUGGGUGCUGAGCAGCUUGGCCAUGAUAGAUCGCUUGCAUUGGAUAGACGGUGAGAAGCUAUCUCAAUUCAUCCUGCAAUGCCAGGAUCCUCAGGAGGGAGGCGUCGCAGACCGACCUGGAGACAUGGUGGAUGUCUUCCAUACAGUUUUCGGUUUAUCUGGGCUAAGUCUUCUGGGCUUUCCAGGCCUUGAACAAAUUGACCCCAUCUAG